AUGUCACGAGCCUGCCAAGAUACAGUGGAUAGUUUCACUCUUGAUUACGUAAUGUCCCCAAAUCCGGUAAUCCCCGCUGCGGACAAAGUCACGCCAGAAGCAAAGACAGCAACCUCUAAGCAACGCGUCGCGCAACUCACUGGACACCUCACACCGCCAGCAGAGAAGCAGAAUGUGAACAAUCAUCCCAAUCUGAACAUACCAUACCCGGUUUCCAAAUUCCAGAUCGAUCCAAAUCGCUACAUCGACAAUGUGCGAGAGAUCAAGGUUGCCGUCAUUGGCGCUGGACUUUCCGGCAUCAGUGCCGGCAUUAUACUACCAGCCAAAGUUCCAGGACUCAAAUUGACCAUCUUCGAGAAGAAUAGCGAUGUGAGCGGGACAUGGCUGGAAAAUAACUAUCCAGGUGUGCGAUGUGAUAUACCUGCUCACGUCUACCAAUCAACAUUUUCGCCAAACACCCAAUGGUCCGAAAUCUUUGCACAAGGGGCUGAGAUUCGAGACUAUUGGCAAGCUCAAGCUAGGAAACAUGAUGUGUACAAGUACAUCAAAUUACGGCAUCGUGUAGACGAAGCUGAAUGGGAUGGCGCAAGUUCCCAAUGGAGUUUGAAGGUACAGGAUCUGGAGAAAGAGAAGGUGACUACUGAGAGCUUUGAUUUUGUCAUCACCGCAAUCGGACGAUUCAAUGCUUGGAAGUUGCCCGACUAUCCGGGUCUGGACGAGUUUCAAGGCCAUUUGAGACAUACAUCAAAUUGGGAUCCUUCAUUCGAUCCAAGAGGCAAGAAAGUCGCCGUUAUCGGAAAUGGUGCAAGCGGAAUUCAGGUGGUCCCAAACCUGCAGCUAGUAUCCAAACAAGUCACGCACUUUCUUGUCAAAACUCCCAUCAAACGCUUCACACAGACCGGUAUAGAGACAGUAGAUGGGAAGAAUUUCGACUUUGAUGCCAUACUAUGUGCUACAGGUGCAAACACAGACCUCGUUCCUCCUUUCCCUAUCAAGGCGCACGGGGAGGAUUUGAACAAAUCUUGGAAACCCGAUGGUCAAUGGGGCUUCCCAUAUACGUACAUGGGAAUAGCAACCCCCGGUUUCCCGAAUCUCUUCUUUCUGGCUGGUCCCCAUGCUACAGGACCCUCCGGUACCGUUCCGCAAGCUGUCGAAACUGCACUUGCAUACUUCGCCAAAGCUUUCCGCAAAGCAUCUUCACAAGGAAUCAAAGCUAUGUGGCCCUCAAAAGAGGCGACUGACGAUUUUAUCGAUUACUGCGACGCUUUCUUCCCCACUACAGUGCUAACGGAUAACUGCUCCUCAUGGAACAAUGGUGGCCUCCCUGGUCAGCGUAUUCAUGGGCUGUGGCCAGGUUCAGCAGCUCACAUUACUAUUGUCAGACGUGAGCCACGGUGGGAAGACUGGGAGUAUGAACGAGAAGAUAAACUCAAUCGUUUCGCGUACUUUGGGAACGGCUAUACACAGGCAGAGCUGGAUGAGUCCAGAGACCUUACUGCGUAUCUGAGACCACCUCAAGAAGUUGACCUCAAAGAUCUACAUGAGAAGUGGUGGGAUCUUCCAGGGGCGCAGAAGAAGUCAUGA